AUGAACAACUUAAAUGAUAGUAAUAAUCAUUUACUAAAAAGUGGGGGUACUUCUAUACAAGUAACAGAAAUUAAAGAUAUACCCCCAGAUUCACCUUUUUCGUCUGAAGACGAUAUAGAAUUUCUUGAAGUUAAUUCUUUGGAGAGUAAGUCAAAGAAAAGAAAACUUAAAGAUUUGGCACCCCCCUCAAAUAAUGAUAAAAAUGAAGAUAAUAAUAAUAAUAAUAAUAUAUUUGUAAACAAUCCAAUAAUACCAUCACCAUUAUCAUCAUCGUCACCAUCAUUAAAAGUUGGAACUACUACAACAACAACAACAACCACCACCACCACCACUUCAGCAGCAGAAGAAGCAGAAGAAGCAGAAGCAACAACUGUAAAUAGAAUAAUCUCUUCAUCAUCAUCAUUACCUACAUUUUCAAAAGAUAAAGAAAUAAAAGAAGUAGAUAAAGAAAGUUAUUCUAUACAUUACUCACCACCCAUACCAUCAUCAUUGUCACCAUCUUUGUCAAACCUAUCAUCAUUACCAACAGAUCCAAUUGAAUUAGUAGUUUAUCUUAAAGAUAAUUUACCAUUGAAAGAGAUUUCCAAAAAGAUGAAUAUCGGUAGUAUGGGUGAUAUAUUGGCUGAGGAAUUUUCAAGAUAUCUUACAAUACUCAUAAAAUCUGAUGAUAGAAAUUGUAAUCAAUUUCAACCAUCACCUUUAGUACAAUUGUUUUGGAAUUUUGGUUUAAAUGAUUAUUAUUCUAGUCAAAUAAUUAAAUCUUUUUUUUUUAUUCAUGGUCUUUCAUUCAAUACUCCAAGAAUGUUUGAUUCUAUUGCAUUACAAAGAAUUCGUUAUGAAAAUACAAUGAAAAAUCAUAAAGAAUACUUUUUAACCGAUUUAAAUACAAUUAAUGCUUUAAAUGUUCCAAUUUGGCCAUCAGAUUAUUUACUUAUUGAUACAAAUAAUAAUAAUAAUAAUAAUAAUAAUAGUAAUAAAAAAAGACAACAAAAACAAGAAAAUAAAAAAGAUAAAGAAAUUAUAUUACAUAUACAAGAAAAUUAUAUAACAAAAAGAGAAGAACAAGAGGAAAUUAUUAACCAUAAAAAUGAAAUUAAACAACAAGAACAACAACAACAAGAACAACAACAACAACAACAACAACAACAACAACAACAACAACAAUCACAACAAGAACAACAACAGCAACAACAAGAACAACAACAAAAAAAACAACAAGGACAACAAAUAAUAGAAGAUAUAAUUAAAUUAGAUGAUUUAAAUAAUGAUGAAGAAAUGAAAUUUAAUGCACCAAAAAAACAUAAUCGUCGUCAAGAAAAAGAAAAAGAAAAAGAAAAAGAAAAAGAAAAAGAAAAACAAAAAGAAAAAGAUAAAGAUAAAGAUAAAGAUCAAGAUCAAGAUGAAGACCAAGAAGAAUAUAUAGAAUAUUUACAUCAAGAUCAAAAUCAAGAUCAAGAUAAAGAUAAAGAUAAAGAUAAAGACCAAGUAGAAUAUCAAGAAUAUGUACACCAAAAUCAAGAUCAAGAAGAGAAAGAAGUACAGAUUAAAACUAAAAGAGAUAAAUUUAAAAUUACUAAACCUCCAGUUAAAUCAUCAACCAAAAGAAAAACUAUUGCUCGAGCUCCACCUCCUUUAUACCCUGUUGGCUCUUUGGUUGAAGCUAAAUGUUAUGCAUUUGGUGAAAGUCAUGACCAAUCAUUCUUUGAAGCAGAAAUAAAGUCCUAUGAUGAUAUUAAUGGAAAGUAUUUGGUUGAAUUUGAAUGUGAUCGUACUCAACAAAUUUUGGAAGAAUGGGAUAUUAAGAAUCAAUCCAUUGAGGAAGUAACAAAAAACAAUUUGGAGUUUGGAAGAAAAGUUUUAUUUAAAAAAGAUAAUUCAUUUUGGUAUGGACCAGCUAUCAUCGUUGCAAAAGGAAAAAAGAAGUUUACUGUAACUUUUUUAAAAAAAAAUUAUGAUCUAAAAUUUGAUUUUCAUACUCCAAUUUGUUAUUAUUUUUAA